GUGUGAGGGCGGUUAGCGAGGUCUGGGAGGAUUCGGAUGAUUUUGCAAUGUCAGCCUGAUUUAUAAGAGGGAAGUGAGAGGAUCCCAGAGACAGUACAGGGACUGAACACGGCUUCACUGAGGUUGUCAUCAUGGGGGAGUGGUCCUUCCUGUCUCAAUUGUUGGACAAGGUGCAGUCCCACUCCACUGUAGGGGGGAAGGUCUGGAUGAGUGUUCUGUUCCUCUUCAGGAUCUUCAUCCUGGCUGCCGGCGUAGACGACAUCUGGGGAGAUGAGCAAAGAAACAUGAACUGUAACACCAGGAGUCCCGGCUGCAAAAACGCCUGCUAUGACAAGUCCUUCCCCAUGUCUCACACACGCUUCUGGGUCCUCCAGAUCCUUAGCGUCUCCACUCCAACACUCAUGUAUCUGGGACACGUCCUGCUGGUGAUUCGCAGAGAAAACAAGCUGAGGAGACGCCUGCAGCUGAAACUCGGUAACAACUGGAUGAUGAAAGCUCCAAAGUAUUCAGAUGAACAUGGCAGAGUCCAGCUGAAGGGCGUCCUGCUGGUCAGCUACAUGAUGCAGCUACUGUUUAAGGUCCUGCUGGAGGUGGCCUUCAUUGUAGGCCAGUACUUCCUCUACGGCUUCAUACUGAUGCCCAGUAAGAUCUCAUUCAGCGACUUCCCCUGUACUGGACAGGUGGACUGCUUCAUCAGUCGUCCCACAGAGAAAACCAUCUUCAUCGUCUUCAUGUUGGCGAUGGCCGUCCUCUCUGUGAUACUCAACAUCAUAGAGAUGUUCCACCUGAUGAUCUCCAAGAUUAAGGAGAUGAGGAGAGACUCACAGAUGCACCGUCUCAACAAACCAAACCAUCAAGAUCACAAAUGUUCAUCUGAGGGACUGUGAUUACAGAUGUUCAUCUGAGGGACUGUGAUCACAGAUGUUCAGCUGUAGUGUAAGAGGUGGACUGUGAAAUAAAUGAGGGAAUAGUGUAUCAGCAUGAAGACAUCAUCUCACUCUUUAUUAACACAGAUUUAUUAUUAUUAUUAUUAGUUAUUAUUUGUAUAAAACUGUCACUAUAUCCCGACGGUAGUAUAUGAGACAGGUAAUCUGUGAAAUAAUCAUGUUCCUCUGUGUCCUCCUGUACUCCUCAUGACAUUUACAAGAUUCUACCGCGCCCCAACAAAAUCAACCAAUCAGAGCAGAGGAGUCUCUACAGCAGCUGUCAAUCACUGCUAGUCAAACUCGUGAUCUCCGACCAAACGGUCAAACUAGGCAGCGCUGAUCAGAUAUGAGUCCAGAUUCUGUUACUGUAAUGCCUGUUUCUCUCCGUUCUGCACAUGUGAAGUAUGGUGGCAAUGCCUGUUAACAUUUAAAUAGCAGUCAGCUCUGUUGGUAGUGUAGGUCCUACAGUGUAGGUCACUGUAGGACCUACACAGUGUAGGACCUACAGUUUAACACAAGCACACGUUGUUUGCCACUACCUCAAGCCAAUUUUCAUAGGAAGUAAAAUCUACAGAAUAACCAGUUUAUUAUUCGUAAUUUUCCAGAAAUAUUGCUCAAGAAUUUGUAUUCAAAGAUGCCAUUUAGAUAAUAACUAUCAACCGCUUAUCAACUCUGUGGCUCUGGGGAGAGAGCGGGUCAUCCUUUAAUCACAAGGUCAGCGGUUCGAUCCCCGGCUCCUACAGAAGCCCCGGUUGCUGCUCCUGAUGAUGGGUUAAUGCAGAGUCACAGUUCAUGUAUGUCUGUCUCAUAUCAGUCUCUUCACAGUGUAGUCCUACUGGACACUACUGGCAGUAGCUCAGUCCAUAGGGACUUGACUUGGGAACCGGAGGGUCGCUGGUUCAAGUACUUAUGGACCAAGUACUGAGAUUGCCUCUUGAGCUAGGCACCAAACCCCCAACUGCUCGGGGCACUGUCAGCUCUGCUCGCUCUGACAUCGCUCCAUUAAUGCAUGUAGGUCCUGUUUGUGCAUAUGUGUGUAUUCAGGCCUGUGUGUAUUGUGUAAUAUGUAAAAUAAAACAGAGGGAACACAA